AUGACUGAGACCCACGACUGGAAACAGAGUCUUAAUCUCCCCCAAAAGGAUACCAGACCACAAACUGAUGACGUCUUAAACACCAAAGGUAAAUCAUUUGAAGAUUUCAAUUUGAAAAGAGAGUUAUUGAUGGGCAUUUUUGAGGCCGGGUUUGAAAAGCCAUCUCCAAUUCAGGAAGAGUCUAUUCCUAUGGCUUUGGCUGGCAGAGAUAUUCUUGCCCGAGCCAAGAAUGGUACUGGGAAAACUGCCUCUUUUAUAAUCCCUUGUUUGCAGUUGUGUAAACCAAAAUUAAACAAGAUACAAGCUUUGAUAUUAGUGCCUACUCGAGAAUUGGCAUUGCAAACGUCCCAAGUUGUCAGAACUUUGGGUAAACAUUUAGGAGUUCAGUGUAUGGUGACCACGGGUGGUACUUCAUUACGAGAUGAUAUUGUUAGAUUAAACGAUCCUGUGCAUAUAUUAGUCGGUACACCAGGUAGAGUUUUAGAUUUAGCGUCGAGAAAAGUUGCUGAUUUAUCAGAAUGUCCCCUUUUUGUCAUGGAUGAGGCCGAUAAGAUGUUGUCGAGAGAGUUUAAGAAUAUAAUAGAACAAAUAUUAGAAUUCUUCCCACCACAUAGACAAGCCUUGUUGUUUUCGGCAACUUUUCCAAUCACUGUUAAGCAUUUCAUGGAUCAACAUUUGAACAAGCCAUAUGAAAUCAAUCUUAUGGAUGAAUUAACCUUGAAAGGUAUAUCCCAAUUUUAUGCCUUUGUUGAAGAAAAACAAAAGUUACAUUGUUUAAACACCUUGUUUUCGAAAUUACAAAUCAAUCAAUCAAUCAUCUUUUGCAAUUCAACUAAUAGAGUUGAACUAUUGGCAAAAAAGAUUACCGAAUUGGGGUACUCGUGCUAUUACUCUCAUGCCAAGAUGCCCCAGCAAGCAAGAAACAAAGUUUUCCAUGAGUUUAGACAGGGUAAAGUGCGUAAUUUGGUUUGUUCGGAUUUGUUAACUAGAGGUAUCGAUAUACAAGCAGUUAAUGUUGUUAUCAACUUUGAUUUCCCCAAAACUGCCGAAACGUAUUUACACAGAAUUGGUCGUUCAGGAAGAUUUGGACACUUGGGUUUAGCUAUCAACUUGAUGAGUUGGAAUGAUAGAUAUUCCUUGUACAAGAUUGAACAAGAGUUGGGAACUGAAAUUAAACCUAUUCCAGCAACCAUCGAUAAGUCGUUGUAUGUUGCUGAAAAUGAAGAUUCUGUGCCUAAGCCAUUCAAGGGUGAGGAUUUAUCCAGAGUGAAGAAUUCUCACUAG